AUGGGCAUGCCUGGGAUUACGGAAUUAAUAAUAAUCUUGGCAAUCGUCUUUCUCCUGUUUGGUGCGAAGCGACUCCCUGACUUAGCGAAGGGACUCGGACAAAGCAUCACAAACUUCAAGGCUGGGCUCAGUGAGGAGCAGACUGAGCAGACUGAGCAGACUGAGCAGACUGACGCAUCAGCACAGCAAGAGAAAAGACACCACAAAACGAAAAGACCGAGUAACCAGACGAUAAGCACUGUUCUCUGA